AUGUCGGCACAAGGACACGCACAGACCGUGUAUCAAUCACGCCCUGACCCCUACCGCUAUACGAGUGGCCGAUGGCUCCGUCGCGACGUGCUGGAACGAGAAUCGCGUCUUAUGCAAUUCGACUUUGAUGCUCUACGCCGCAAGGUUCUGACACUAUAUUGUCCUGGCGCCAGCUCUAUCACUUCGUACGACAAGAAAGAAGGUGGCUUCAACAGAGUGUUCAUAUUUCAUACUGAUAACGCCAAACGUAUUGUUGCGAGACUGCCAUUUGCAUUGGCAGGGCCCUCGAGCUUGACGACUAACUCCGAAGUUGCAACGAUCAAGUACCGUAGGCUCCACAGUGCGAUGCUUGAACAGAAAUGGCUUUCUGACUAA